AUGGCCGAUCAUGUAGCUGGGGCAGGCUUGCCCGACGACAAUCGAGGGCCUGCGAUCCUCGCCGCGACGUCCACUGUGACGAUAUGCGCUUUGCUGACGGUGCUGGCGCGUAUGUACGUGCGAGUCUUCAUGAUCCGCAAUGUCGGCGCUGAUGACUAUACGAUGCUCUUGACUAUGGUGCUGUCCCUUGCAGGAUGGGCCAUCAUCAUCCCCGAAGUCAUAUAUGGUGCCGGGCGACAUACAGUCUAUGUGAUGGACACGGCUAUCAAGGCGAACCAGCUCAAUUUCGCGACGCAGGGCAUAUACAUGUGGGCGAUUGGGUUGGUCAAGAUAUCCAUUGGGCUCUUCCUGCUGCGAUUUGCGCCGAGGAAGGGUUACAAGAUUUUCAUCUGGGUGAUUAUCGUGUUGAUGUCACUGUAUACAACCAUUUGCUUCUUCACUCUCAUCUUCCAAUGCCAAAAUAUCCGGACGAUAUGGGAUCCGAGCGUCAAGUCGAAGUGUUUCAAGCCGACGCAGCUGUUGGAACUGAGCUACACAAACACUGCUCUGAAUAUCCUGACGGACCUGAUCUUCGCCAUAAUGCCCGCUAUCAUGCUCCGCCAUCUUCAAGUCAACCGCCGCGUCAAGGCAUCACUAGUCUGCAUCCUAGGACUGGGAGUAUUUGCCUGCGCCGCGGCGUUCGUCAAAGUGUCCAUCCUCCCCAACUACGGUCGCACCGGCGACUUCCUCUGGGACUACACCGAUCUCACAAUCUGGGUUGUCGUCGAAUGCAACACAGGCAUCGUUGCAGGCAGCCUCCCCACCCUAAAACCUCUCUUCAAACAAGCCCUCGGCAGCUACGGCUCGCGCCCCUCCCACUCCCACUCAAGAAACUACUCCCGCGGCACGCGGUACAAACUGCGCUCCCUGUCGCGGCAGAACCAGUCCAAACCGCAGACGCUGCCCAGCGGGAACUUCGACGGCGAUACACAAGUGCAGAGGAAAGGGCCGCUGACAUACCAGUCUGCGUAUGAGACUACCACGACGGCGACAUACCCCGGUGGCGAGGGGAGCAACUCGAGUGAGGAGCAUAUUCUUUCGACUGGAGGUGAGGGGAUUGUCUGCGUGACUGAGGUUAUGGUGUCGCAUUCACAGGAGUCGGGGAAACGUCUGAAAUAG